AUGGAUCCCGAAGAGGAGCAAUAGUAGCCAUAACUUACAAAUAGAACUUAGAAGUCUGAAAAAAUAGAGUUGCCCAAAGCCACCCCAAGAAAUGAUGUGGCUGAUGAAGUGAAAUCACCAUCAAUGAAAAAAUCAGCUGCUAAUUCCCCCAAAAAGGGAGACCAUUAGGAUUAAGCUCAACAAAAUGCCCCUAAUGAUAAUUAAGCAGCUGAAGCUACUCCAAAACACUAAAUACCUGAUCCAACACCUCAAAUAAAGUAAUAAGCUCAGCCAUUGCCUAAUCCAGUAGCUCCUCCUACACAAGCGUAAUAGUAGUAAUAGCAAUAACCACCAGCUUUUGAUUCAGCAGGAGGGAUACUCAUUGAGAGACAACCUUUUGACCUUAAUACUUAUGCAGCUUCAUCAGGAAUGCUGCAGUUUUGUGAGAAGUUAGCUCGCUAAAUGAUAACACGUGCAAUGGGAGUUUCACUCGUGAAUUAAGCAUUAGCAAAUUUAGAUGACUAUACUACAAAAAAGAUGACUGAUCAAAUUAGCAAUACGCUAAAUUAUGCUUACUUUACUUAUGAUACUUCUGCUCAGUUCAAGACUAAGUUAAUAACUAUAGAGCCAAUACCAAUGAAAGGAGACAUUAACUAGCUAGGUAACAGUGUGAUUGAUGGUAAUUAGCUAGAUGAAACAUUGAAUUCUCAGAGAUUGGCGAAAGAUGACUAUUCAGAGUUGAAUGAUGAUGAGUAUCUAUUGAAUUCUUAAAGAAGACAGAUAUAGAAUAUGUCCUAUUCAUUUACAGUAGAACAAACUCCUGGAAAUAUAAAGGAGGGUGCACCUAUCGUAGGUGGAAGAGGCAUGCAUCAAAAUAAUUUUGGAAUGCCUUAAUUCGAUUGUGGUCAAAUUGAAGUUAUUGAUAUGGAUGAGGAAAUGGAACCAGAAGCUCCGAUUAGAGAUGGAUGUGUAAGAUAUGCCCUUAAGCUUAAAGGUAAUGACACACCUACUAGAAGAGUCCGACUAGCCCCUAAAUUUGAGUUUCCAAGCAAGAUAGUUGAAAUACCAAAACCACAAAAUGUGAUAAAUGAUGUCUAAUCUGUUUAGCCUUCACCAUCAAUUAAAGGUCAAUCAAAUAGAAUUAAAUUAGGAGGUGGUCGUGCAUCACAAAACAUGUCAAUGAUGUCACUUACCUCAAGCAAAUCCAAAUCAAUAAAUGGUUCUCAAAAGCUGAAGUUCAAUAUGAAUCCUAUGAGAUAGUUUGAGCUGGCAAAGUCCAUGCAUUUAAAUGAUGCAGGUUAAGCAGUUAAAUAGUCUAAGUUAGAGAAAGAGGACUACAGUAAUAUAAAGGUCGUAGAUGUUACUGAUUAGGAUGAGAGAGAAAUUUAAGCACACAGAAGAAGAGUAGUAGGUGAAGAAAAAAGGAUAGUGGAAGAGAUGAAAAGGUAAUAGGAAAUUGAUAUGAUGUACGAAAUAAUGCAAAAGAAUGCUAGGAAGAAUGAGAAAACUGGACCAGGAGGAAACUCUGAUAACAUAACGUUUGACUAUGAGGGUAAGAUCAUAUAAAUAGUCAAGCCGCAUGAGGAACUUUUCCCUGAGACCAUCACUAAUCCAAAAAUAAAAUUCAAGCCUGCUUAAGUUACUGCUAAUCUAAUGAAAGAACAACUUGAUAAGUUUUAUGCUUAAAAGAUAUAGAAAGAGGCAAAGAGUAAAAAGAGUAACUCCAUUGAGUAGAACAGUAUCUAGGACACCGACACAGUUAUCACAAAUGCUGCUAAUGCUUAAGGCCUUAAGAAGAGCAAUAAACUAGUCGAUCUAUAUCAGCCAAUACCAAAGGAUCUGGAGAAAUUUGCUAAAGCAAAACCAAUGGGUAGUAACUUUAAUGAGAUAUAGCCCAAGCCAGGUAUUGCCAUAGUUGAAAAUGGCAAGGUAAAGUAAAAUCAGAUUAACUCUAAGGACCCAAACAGACUAUCUCUAGAAGACUAUUAAACUAUUAAGGUUGAUACCUCUUCUUUGUCAUAACUAGCUGAGAGUAGACUAAACACCCUUGAGCAAAAAAGCUUUAGUUUGCCUUAACUAAACUCAAAUAAAAUAUAGCAAAACCCUGUACCAAUUCUAGAAACUAAGAGUUUUAUGCAAGGACCUAAUUCUAAUUUGGAUUACUCAAUUUAGGAUUCCUCAAUACUUUCUGGCUUAAGAUCUUCAAAAGCAGGAAUAGGCGGCACUAUAAAGAGAGCAAGAGAGGAGGCUGUUAAUGAUCUAAUUGAUAUGCAGCAAAUUCUCAACCCUUCUCGAUUUAUAAAGCCAAAAUUGAAGUUUGAUAGACAAUCGUCCCUAUAAGAUCUAAAUAUGUCGAGUUUGACAUCAGAUAUUUAGCCACUAUUUAGGAAGGUCAAACAGCCCAGUUCAACUAUCGCAUCUGAGAUAAGAAACAAAGGCGGUCAUAAAAGUGCUGCGAGCUUGUUUGUUGAUACAGUAAGCAGUAUUGAAGCAAUGGAUCGACUUGAUUAAUUCAAUAAAUAUCUUGUCAAGGGAAAUUUAGAUGCAAGUUCAUUCUAAGUUUCACGAAGCUAGGCUAGCUUUAUUAAAUCAUCAGGUGACGAGAAGCAAUAUCUUAAAAGUGCAAAAGAACUUUAGAAGAAAUUUGAACAGCAAGUAUUCAAGUAAGCCCACUAUGUAGAAAGAUUAACUGGCAAUAACCAAUCUCAUUUGGCAAAGAAACUAAUCACAACACCUAGAAAUGUAAAGUUACUCUAACCUCUUGCUCUUAUUAGACGGGGUAAAGAUGUCAAUCUUCUUUCAGACAAGGAAACCAAGCAAGUAUUCUUAUGA